CCUACAUUCCGACUCGAACUUCAAACCCCUAUUUCUUUUGACGAGUUGUGAUUCCAUGUCCUUUGAUUUGGAUAUUGAUUAACGCAAUAAAACAACUGUAAGAUUAUAUCUAUAAAAGCCAUCUCAACCAUUUCCUGCAAGAGUAAUGGAAGAACAGCAAAUAUGCCGGAUCUGCAUGCGAAGCUAUAUGCUGUUGGACUGGAAUAAUCUGUUGUUUCCCCUGAGUGACAGUAAGAUAUCUUACAAGGACUGUUAUUACAAAUAUACCCAGAUCGAGGUGAAAGAUACAUUGCCCCAAUUCUUGUGUAAGCAAUGCUCCACUGAUUUGAAAAAUGUCCAUCUCUUCAUUGAAAAGGCUCUUGAGGCAGAACAAAUUUUUCAACAAAGCAUUCAACAGUUUGAAAAUGAACACUUACCGCUUGGGAUUGAAGAUAUAAAAAUUGAACAUUCUUUUAUAAAGGGUCAGAAUCAGGAAGACAAUGCUGAUGAAAAGUUGAAAAAUGGAUCUGUAGAAGAAAUUACGGCCGAUUAUGCUGAUGAUAUAAACGAGUUUGAGUUGAUAGAGGAAGACGAUGUACAUAUUGAAGAUACACAAUGUCUAGGUAAUGAAGAACAAGAAGAACAAACGGACAUAAUAAUUGAAGAUAACUCUGGCGAAGACGAAGAAAAUGAAACAGAUAUUGAAAAAGAUCUUGUUGAAUGUGAUAAGGAUCCCAUUGGAGAAGAGGGAGCUGCUGACAAUAACUAUGAGUCUGAAACGAAUGGAAAUAAUGAUAAAGUUACUAAACCAAAAAAGAGGAUAUACACUCCCGCCAUGUGCUCCUACUGCUCGAAAAUUCUUCGCGAUGUCCACUAUUUGAAGCGACACGAGCAAACACACAAAGAAUGUCGAGAGCGAAUAGUAGAAUGUCCAAAAUGUGGCUUUAAAACCUAUAACAAUCGAACGCUACGCAUGCACAUGGAGUGUCACGAUGAAAAUCGGGAAAAGAAAUACAAAUGUGAAUUUUGUGAUAAGUCGUUUUUUCAUCGUGGUUCCUGUAAUGUGCAUCGUAGAAUACAUUUGGGUAAGACUGUCAAAUGUUCGAUAUGCUCCAAAGAAUUUCCACGCCAAGUUGAUCUUGACGUUCAUAUGAAAUGUCAUUCCAACACACCAAUAUAUUUUAAGCCCAAAAGUAGAUUCAUUGUUCAUUGUAAAUAUUGUGGUAAAGAUAUCAAUGGUCGAAUGUAUUAUGAACAUCGAGCUAAGCAUUUGAACCAACCGCUAAUACGUUGUACUCUCUGCGAAAAGGAUUUCUUCAGUCGACAGACCUGCUCACUCCACAUGACCAGAACACACAAACGAACGAAGGGCAAUUAUGAUGACAUAGCCAUGUACUAUGAAAAGUAUCGUAUGCGUUUGUCACACAAAUUUAUACUACAACAGGAGAAAGUAACACCCAAAACGGAGUAGAAUUAAUUAAUUAAUUGUAUAUUAAUAAUUUGUUAUGAUGUAAUCUUUAAUUUUACAUAAAAGAAAUUCUAUUUCAUAUAUAGGUAUGCAAUACAGAAUUCACAAAUAAACUGUUUUAAUGAG